GAGCAUUUUGGCAGAAGUCGAUAUCAGUUCCCGAGUUGUGCUCCGACAAGUGAAGUAGUUUCUUUGCAUCUCUUUCAGUGCCAUUAAUCAAAACGACAAUGUUCCGACUGUUGAUUGCUUCGUCGCUGGUCGCCCUGGCUCUGGCCGUUCCAGUUCAUCAACUCCAUGAGAACCCAGAAGCCCACGCUCAGAUCGUCCAGUACGAAAAUGUUCUACAUGACGAUGGCCACUACAACUGGGCUUACCAGACGAGCAACGGCAUUGCUGCUCGUGAGGAAGGUCUGGGAGGACAUGGUGCCAAUGGAGAGUUCUCUUACACCGGCCCAGAUGGCGUCCAGUACCGUGUGAUCUACGUCGCCGACGAGAACGGAUUCCGCCCAGAAGGAGCUCAUCUGCCAACUCCACCACCAACCCCAGAGCAUGUGCUGAAGUCCCUGCAGGACAUCCGUGCCAACCCACCCAAGGACCAGAAGGACUUCAGCCUUGAAGCUCUGGACGCCACCAUCCGUCGGCUGCAGCACUAAACGGUGCCUCAAGCAACCUUAGAUGCUCGAAUUGUUGAUCUUGAUCCUGACAUUGUUGACUCAAAGUUCUAGUUUGAUGAGAAUUCCUCCAAGGAAGUUCACUCCAGUCAGACGUCCAGAAUACUUGUUCAAUGGACACAUUGUUGUAAAUAGUGAAAACUUAGUGAUAAGUAGAAAAAUGUUUGUAAUAAAGUGAUGUUAUCUGUGCUAAAUGAAACAAAAAG